CUUCCCUUUGUAUGUGAUGGCUGUUCAGGUGUCUUUUGCCUUCAGCACAGGAGCCGGGAUGCUCAUGGGUGUUCUGAGGUGAAUAUAAGAAACAAUUCUGUGAAACCAGAUCAGCACAGAUCUUACCCAUGCUCAUACAAGGACUGCAAUGGAAAGGAGCUUUUGCCAGUUUUAUGUCCCUACUGUGAGAAACAUUUUUGUCUAAAACACCGGCAUCAAUCAGACCAUGAAUGUGAGAAACUGGACACACCAAAACCUCGAAUGGCUGCCACCCAGCAGCUAGUUCAACAUAUUAUAGAUUCUAAAAAAAGUGAGGAAGGAAAAAGCAAAAAACGUAAAGGAGCCAAAAACAGUGAGACAGCAGCAAAAGUGGCAUUAAUGAAACUGAAAAUGCAUGCAUGUGGGGACACAUCCUUGCCUCAGACAGAAAGAAUUUACUUUCAAGUAUUUUUACCAAAAGGGAACAAAGAGAAAAGCAAGCCAAUGUUCUUCUGCAGUAAGUGGAGUAUUGGCAAAGUAGUAGAUUUUGCAGCUUCCUUAGCAAGCCUUAAAAAUGACAACAACAAAUCAACAUCCCAGAAAUUGAGAUUAUGCCAUACUGCCUCUGGAGAAGCCUUGCCAUUUGAGCACACAUUGGAAACAUGGCUGUCUGAUAAAGACUAUGCGUUGUACAAUGGUGGAAAUAUAAUUCUGGAGUAUCUUGACAAUGAUGUUCUAUAUAUAGAAGAUACAGAGUCGUACUUCAGUUAAUCAGUAAAUUAUCAACAAAAAAUUAAAUGUUUUUUUUGAAGUGUGGUAUUCAAACCAAGAUCAGUU